GAUGGGAUGCCGGUAGGUGACAGGGCAGCUGCGGCUUGUAGAAACAUUGUGGACGAUAACGAGACGCAAGAACAGUUUGCCGGUAUCAGGCCGACGCUGCAGUCAUGCCUGAAACGUCGAGGCCUGGGAGCUUUCGAAUUGCGAUCCUGGUACUCUGUGGAUUAACAAUUUUCGCGCCUCUACAACAAUGCACGGAUGCAAAAUUGACGGUGACAGAUAUGCCGGUGCGGCCCAUAUGGAACGAAACUUGGACGGACCAUUUGAAGAGGGAUCUUCUGUUGAACUAUGAUAAGUUUGCGAGGCCGGCCCAGCACCACAACACGACAACCGUAACGAUUGACCUCACAAUUCGUCACGUAGCCAUUGAAGAAUUGAAGUCCAUGAUGACGGUGCACGCCUGGGUCAAAAUGUUUUGGAUCGAUGAAAAGUUGAAAUGGGACCCAGCGAACUAUGGCGGGUUGGCGCAACUUCAUCUAGGCGACCACGAAGUCUGGCAACCAGACAUUGUUCUCUACAAUAGCGCGGCUGGCAGUACGGUAGACCACUACGGAAAUACUCAUUGCAUAGCUACUCAGGAUGGUUCGAUACUUUGGGUACCGCCUUCGCAGUUUAUGGUCUUUUGCGAUAUGGAUCUUCGUUUUUGGCCAUUCGAUACACAAGUUUGUUCAUUGCGACUUGGUUCCUGGACAUUUAACGGUGAACAAAUCGAUCUACAAUUUCCAGAAACUGAAGAUCGGCCGGAUUUAAUGCUACACAAUUCUGAGUGGAUUUUGAAAGACGUUACUCGAGAGCGUAACGUUGCGUAUUAUCCGUGUUGCCCUGAGGCCUACAUCGACGUCACCUACAAUCUGACUUUGAAGAGGGAAUCUCCCAACUACGUAGCGGUCGUCGUACCACCUGCUACUGCAAUAGUAUUGCUGACCCUGAUUACCUUCUGGCUCCCAGUUAAUUGUGAGGAAAAAGUCACCGUAGCCGCGUGCACGUCGGUGUUGAUUACUCUCUUCCUGAUCUACUUCAACCAGAAGGUGCCAUCGGUAGCGUACAAUACACCUCUAAUCGUACAUUUCUACAGCUACAGUCUGUACCUGGUGAGCAUAUCCUUGAUUAUCUCAGUGACAGUUAUCAACAUGUCGAAAAGCAAUAAUAGGAGACCACUUCCCUGGAGAGUUAAACAAUUCCUCGUUGGGUGGCUGGGAAAAGUUCUGUGGCUUGACGACGUAGUUCAGCUGGUGAAAGCGCAGAGAGCAAACGUGGGCGAGGAAAUGCGGGAAAGUCAUACCGCUGAUGGGAAUCAUUCAAUUUCUGGUCCGUUGAGUAACUCCAAUUUUGACGAUGGCGAUCGUCAGAAUAUUCUGACUCCCCCAAAGUCUUCGCAGUUAGAAUGGACCCUGGCAGCGAUGGCUGUUGAUCGAAUAGCGUUUAUACUCUACUGCCUCAUUUUUAUCAUCCUAGCCAUUCGCUGCUCAAUUUGACGCAACCGUAUAAGUUAACCGAUGAGCCUCUCACAAGAAAAUACAUGCCGCUUAUUUGUACAGUCUUCGAGGGCAUUUUCCAAAGAGGCAAAACGGCAGGAAUAUCCUGUUUCUCUCUUGAAGUCUGAGUGUUUUUUUUUUUUUUUUUUUGUACACGAUGUGUUGCUUUAACUCGAUUGAUUAAUUUUGUGCUAACGGAAUAUAGUUGAAUUAUUAAACUAUAUUUUUAUGAAUAUUAUCGACCCGCCGAUUUAUCGUUACCAAUAAUAUAAUCACGUAGAUCCGUUCGACUGAAUACCAAAUAUCGAUGAUGUUACGCUUGUAAUUAAUUAUUUUAAAUAUAAGUAUGUUAUACACGCCUGCAAUCAUACAUAUCCAUAAGUUUAUUGAACCAAAAAGACGAUACACGUACUCACAGUAAUAAAAUGCAAUGUUUUGAAUUGAAUAUUUUUACAAAGCUAUUAAACUUACGAAAACAAAGUAUACAUUUACUAUUAAUAAACAGAUAGAAAAACGGAA